UUAUUUUCCUUAGCUGGUUUUCUAACCAAUGCCUCGUCCUUUUAGGCUGCGCCAUGGUAGUUGGUAGAGCAAACGGAGUCGGAACCUGCCCGGCAGCAGGGUCGGUCAUCACGUUGGCGUCCGACCUGGCCUCCCUCUUCCUGGUCCGACCUGACCCACCCACGCCCUUUGUUGCCUUGUUCACCUCAACAACCUUUCCCUUCCUGUCCCAACCGCCGACUUGCCUCGCGCCGCCGGCUCGCCGCCGUCCAUCUGGCCGCCCGUCUUCUUCUUCUGAAGUGAAGGGAAAGAAAAGGAAGAGAGCAAACGAGGCCUGCCGCCUGCGCCGCGCCGCGCCCCAGGUCUGAUCCCAUAGUUCUCCUUGAUUUCUUCCUCAUGAUCUUGCUUUCUCUCGAUCCGUGACCUCAGCCCCUCGCCGAUCUCUCCUAUCUGUUUGGUUCGGAUCUCCUGUAUCUUCCCAUACUGGACUCGAGGUGUCCCCGCCUUCCUCCCUGGGAUGCGAGGACAGGGCAUGCCUCUUAAUUUUUAACGGGAUCAGGUGUAGAUCAGUCAGCCCUAAUUACCGAGGCACACCUGCGCUUGUGCAAUUUCGAAAAACAAAUGAGUAUGCCCUUCUAGCACUUGGAUAUUUGGAUGGAUGAUUUUUAUGGACGGAUAGAGGUCUUCCCACAAUACUUUGUGCCAUCAAAAGAAGCUAUGGAGAGUCCUGAUGGUCUAUCCACAAGUAAGAAUAACCUGGAUACUUCACCAAGUUCGCGUGUACGUUCCGGGACUCCGAAACGAGCUAAGGGAGCUGCAUCUAUUUUGCGUUUGCUGUCCAUUCCCCGCUUUAGAUGGUCGACGAGCAAUGAAGAUGAUGACAAGAUUGAAUUAUCCAGAGCUGAAGUAGAGUCAUUACGAACUGAAAUAGCGGAUGCUGAGGAAAGAGAAUCCCACUUAAAAGCUCGGUUGGAAAAUAUCGACGAAGUUUUAAGAUAUGCUCGUCUUUCUGGCUAUCUUUACAUUAGAAGUCGAUGGACCCAACUUCCUGGAGAACCUCCUAUCUUAGACGAUGCUGAUGUGGACGACUGGCUUCCUCGGUUUGUUGUUCUACAAGGGCAGUGUGUGUACUAUUAUCUGAAAUCUACAGAUUUGAGCCCGCAAGAAUCUACACUGCUAUGUGACAUUGUUGAAGUAGGGCGGCUCCCAAACUUUGUGCCAGAAGAUGAGAAGACAAGAUACGCGUUUUACCUGCUGAGCCGUCAAGGCUUGAAGUUUGAAUGCUCCAGUACCUCCGAAAUUCAGGUUGAUUCAUGGGUGAAAGGACUGACAAGCGAUUGCAAAUUGCGGGGUGGUGCUGCUGGUGAGGAUGAGACGACGAAGCCUAGGAGUAGCCAACAAGUAGAAGAUGGGUCGUCAUGGUGAUCGAUCGGACACGGGUUUCGGUUCCCAGCCAAGGAUGCUCUGCUCGCCGGAUGUACGUACAUUACAGCAGAGUAAUUGGCUCGUGCUGGUAGCAAAAACAUUUUGUGUUAUUCUUUUUUUAGAAAAAAAUCCUCGAUUGACCGAGAAUUAAACUGCAUGUGUAUAAAACUAGUACUCCGUGUACAUACAUGUAAAGGAAGCAGCAUAUAUAUAGAGAGAGGUGCGACACGGCAGGGCAUGCAUGUGUAUAUUUCCUUGCUCAUCGUAUAAAAUUCUUUCGGCUCG